AUGAAUUUCUCCUUAACAAAGGGAAAAACACUGAAAGGGGAUUAAAUUGAAAAUUUCUAAAGGAUAAGAAGAGGAAAUACCAAGAGAUUUGAAUAACUUCAAGAUUAGUUUUUCGAUAAUCUAUCUGAAAAUAGAGAUUCAAAACUACAAAUCGACAUAAUGAAUCAGGACGAGAGCGAUUGCAAUCUAAUAUAUAGAAAUUAAGAUUUAGAUGAAGGUGAUAUUAAUCUAAAUAAUAUGGCUUAAGAGGAUGAGUCAUCUCAUGUAAAGGAAAAUUCAGAAUAAAUUUCUGGAAAUGAUAUGGAUAUCUAGUAAUUUGAUGAUGAGUUAGAAAAAUAAAUUUAGCUAGAGAGUAUUGAUUCUGAAAUUGGUGGUCGAGAGAUGGUUAUAGGGAUUAACAAAAUUGAAGAAUAAUUGAUUGAAAACUGGGAUGAUUAGUUUGAGCAUAAUGAUAUUCAUAUAAAAAAAUAAUCUCAGCCCAUUGACAAAUCGAAGAUAGUUGAGGAAGAUUUACUCUUAAAUUAGAGAUCUUAAUCUUAAAACGAGAUAUUAAUUAAUACUGAGGAAUGA